GCAACAACGCGCACAAGUGAAGGUGUGUCUGCCCAGACCACAAGCCGGAGUCACAGGUGGCAGCAGGUGGAUGGUCCCGCCCAGCUUGUUGAGCAGGUGGAGCAGCUUCCCGAGGCGCAGUUGCCACACACGGUGUGACCUGCGGAGCGCCGGAGAGGUAGCCUACACCUGGAAUGAGCAACAAGUGACCGGCAGCAGUCUCCACCAGUUGGCCCCCCGUCGUCCGUCUUCACCUCAGCCGCGAUGAAGAUCGCCGUUAUCAUGACCGGCCUGAGUGUGGCCGUGACGAUCGUGCUCAUCUCCCAGGCCCUGCGCCAGGAGUACAACCUUCAUCACAUGAAAGCCCGCAUGCUGGAGGACUCGGCGGUCAUGAGGACGAAGGAGGAAGCCAUCGUCAAAAUAAAGAACAAAAUGAAGGACGUUAAGAUGACGCUGUCGUCCGUCGAGAACAAGCUGACCGAGCUGAAGAAGCAGAAGGAGGAUUUUAAAACUCAAGGAGAGGAACUCGAGAAAAAUCUGCAGACCUGUAACACUGAACAGGGAGAUGCUCUGAAGAAGCAGACAGAGACCACAGAGGCCAUAGCUAAACUCAAAGCUGAUCACGAAGCGGCUAAAGCAAAAGCUCAGACGGACAUUCAGAGUCUGAAACAACAGAUUUUGGAUCGAGACAAAGCUAUUUGUGCCUUUGCAGAUACGACCAAGGAGGAAGCACAGAAACUGUGUGGCGUCUCUGAGGCUACAAAAUAAAAGUCAUCUCAGAAACACUCAACAUUGACUGUGAGCUUUUAUAGACAGCUUUUAUGUACUUUUCGUACAAGGCUAUGUUUUAUAAUAUUCCUGAUGUGUAACAGCUCUGCUAGUUAAAAAAAACAAAACAAAACUGGUGGGAUAAAUGGCUCAGGCAUAGGAACCAGGUAAAUGUUACGUAGUUUCAUUUAAUUUUGCAAUGUGAUGAUGUUGGUUGGUCAGAUCAUUUGGUCUUAUGUUUGUAAAACACACUGAUGUUUGUAAUUAGAGCCUACGCAAAUAAAUACCCCGACUCAUG